AACCACAAGACUGCCCGACGAGAAGAAGAAAGAGGAUAGAAAUUAACCGGCAACAUCCAAAAACUGGUGCUUUUGUACCGGAAUGUACCGAUAAUGGAUUAUACUUACAGACCCAAUGCCAUAAGAAAAAGACAAAUGUGGUCUGUUGGUGCGUUAAUCCAAGAACUGGUGAACCAAUUCCUUCCAUACCUGCAAUGAAAGAGAGAUCCGAUUGUGAAUCUGUUCGAAAGAAUGUUAAAACCAAGGAUAAAAACCAAGACUUAAAACCAAAGGUUAAAACCAAGGAUAAAAACCAAGACUUAAAACCAAAGGUUAAAACCAAGGAUAAAAACCAAGACUUAAAACCAAAGGUUAAAACCAAGGAUAAAAACCAAGACUUAAAACCAAAGGUUAAAACCAAGGAUAAAAACCAAGACUUAAAACCAAAGGUUAAAACCAAGGAUAAAAACCAAGACUUAAAACCAAAGGUUAAAACCAAGGAUAAAAACCAAGACUUAAAACCAAAGGUUAAAACCAAGGAUAAAAACCAAGACUUAAAACCAAAGGUUAAAACCAAGGAUAAAAACCAAGACUUAAAACCAAAGGUUAAAACCAAGGAUAAAAACCAAGACUUAAAACCAAAGGUUAAAACCAAGGAUAAAAACCAAGACUUAAAACCAAAGGUUAAAACCAAGGAUAAAAACCAAGACUUAAAACCAAAGGUUAAAACCAAGGAUAAAAACCAAGACUUAAAACCAAAGGUUAAAACCAAGGAUAAAAACCAAGACUUAAAACCAAAGGUUAAAACCAAGGAUAAAAACCAAGACUUAAAACCAAAGGUUAAAACCAAGGAUAAAAACCAAGACUUAAAACCAAAGGUUAAAACCAAGGAUAAAAACCAAGACUUAAAACCAAAGGUUAAAACCAAGGAUAAAAACCAAGACUUAAAACCAAAGGUUAAAACCAAGGAUAAAAACCAAGACUUAAAACCAAAGGUUAAAACCAAGGAUAAAAACCAAGACUUAAAACCAAAGGUUAAAACCAAGGAUAAAAACCAAGACUUAAAACCAAAGGUUAAAACCAAGGAUAAAAACCAAGACUUAAAACCAAAGGUUAAAACCAAGGAUAAAAACCAAGACUUAAAACCAAAGGUUAAAACCAAGGAUAAAAACCAAGACUUAAAACCAAAGGUUAAAACCAAGGAUAAAAACCAAGACUUAAAACCAAAGGUUAAAACCAAGGAUAAAAACCAAGACUUAAAACCAAAGGUUAAAACCAAGGAUAAAAACCAAGACUUAAAACCAAAGGUUAAAACCAAGGAUAAAAACCAAGACUUAAAACCAAAGGUUAAAACCAAGGAUAAAAACCAAGACUUAAAACCAAAGGUUAAAACCAAGGAUAAAAACCAAGACUUAAAACCAAAGGUUAAAACCAAGGAUAAAAACCAAGACUUAAAACCAAAGGUUAAAACCAAGGAUAAAAACCAAGACUUAAAACCAAAGGUUAAAACCAAGGAUAAAAACCAAGACUUAAAACCAAAGGUUAAAACCAAGGAUAAAAACCAAGACUUAAAACCAAAGGUUAAAACCAAGGAUAAAAACCAAGACUUAAAACCAAAGGUUAAAACCAAGGAUAAAAACCAAGACUUAAAACCAAAGGUUAAAACCAAGGAUAAAAACCAAGACUUAAAACCAAAGGUUAAAACCAAGGAUAAAAACCAAGACUUAAAACCAAAGGUUAAAACCAAGGAUAAAAACCAAGACUUAAAACCAAAGGUUAAAACCAAGGAUAAAAACCAAGACUUAAAACCAAAGGUUAAAACCAAGGAUAAAAACCAAGACUUAAAACCAAAGGUUAAAACCAAGGAUAAAAACCAAGACUUAAAACCAAAGGUUAAAACCAAGGAUAAAAACCAAGACUUAAAACCAAAGGUUAAAACCAAGGAUAAAAACCAAGACUUAAAACCAAAGGUUAAAACCAAGGAUAAAAACCAAGACUUAAAACCAAAGGUUAAAACCAAGGAUAAAAACCAAGACUUAAAACCAAAGGUUAAAACCAAGGAUAAAAACCAAGACUUAAAACCAAAGGUUAAAACCAAGGAUAAAAACCAAGACUUAAAACCAAAGGUUAAAACCAAGGAUAAAAACCAAGACUUAAAACCAAAGGUUAAAACCAAGGAUAAAAACCAAGACUUAAAACCAAAGGUUAAAACCAAGGAUAAAAACCAAGACUUAAAACCAAAGGUUAAAACCAAGGAUAAAAACCAAGACUUAAAACCAAAGGUUAAAACCAAGGAUAAAAACCAAGACUUAAAACCAAAGGUUAAAACCAAGGAUAAAAACCAAGACUUAAAACCAAAGGUUAAAACCAAGGAUAAAAACCAAGACUUAAAACCAAAGGUUAAAACCAAGGAUAAAAACCAAGACUUAAAACCAAAGGUUAAAACCAAGGAUAAAAACCAAGACUUAAAACCAAAGGUUAAAACCAAGGAUAAAAACCAAGACUUAAAACCAAAGGUUAAAACCAAGGAUAAAAACCAAGACUUAAAACCAAAGGUUAAAACCAAGGAUAAAAACCAAGACUUAAAACCAAAGGUUAAAACCAAGGAUAAAAACCAAGACUUAAAACCAAAGGUUAAAACCAAGGAUAAAAACCAAGACUUAAAACCAAAGGUUAAAACCAAGGAUAAAAACCAAGACUUAAAACCAAAGGUUAAAACCAAGGAUAAAAACCAAGACUUAAAACCAAAGGUUAAAACCAAGGAUAAAAACCAAGACUUAAAACCAAAGGUUAAAACCAAGGAUAAAAACCAAGACUUAAAACCAAAGGUUAAAACCAAGGAUAAAAACCAAGACUUAAAACCAAAGGUUAAAACCAAGGAUAAAAACCAAGACUUAAAACCAAAGGUUAAAACCAAGGAUAAAAACCAAGACUUAAAACCAAAGGUUAAAACCAAGGAUAAAAACCAAGACUUAAAACCAAAGGUUAAAACCAAGGAUAAAAACCAAGACUUAAAACCAAAGGUUAAAACCAAGGAUAAAAACCAAGACUUAAAACCAAAGGUUAAAACCAAGGAUAAAAACCAAGACUUAAAACCAAAGGUUAAAACCAAGGAUAAAAACCAAGACUUAAAACCAAAGGUUAAAACCAAGGAUAAAAACCAAGACUUAAAACCAAAGGUUAAAACCAAGGAUAAAAACCAAGACUUAAAACCAAAGGUUAAAACCAAGGAUAAAAACCAAGACUUAAAACCAAAGGUUAAAACCAAGGAUAAAAACCAAGACUUAAAACCAAAGGUUAAAACCAAGGAUAAAAACCAAGACUUAAAACCAAAGGUUAAAACCAAGGAUAAAAACCAAGACUUAAAACCAAAGGUUAAAACCAAGGAUAAAAACCAAGACUUAAAACCAAAGGUUAAAACCAAGGAUAAAAACCAAGACUUAAAACCAAAGGUUAAAACCAAGGAUAAAAACCAAGACUUAAAACCAAAGACUGGAACGGGCGAACAGACUGAGCUCUCCUCCCGUUAUAUAACAAGUUAUGGAAAUCCGUCUGGCAUUCUCAACGAAGCAACAUUCUGGAGAGCAGUAUGCCGGUAUCGUUGGAAGCGCAUGAGUGAUAACUAUCGCAGGGUUGUCAAUGAAAUGGAAUUGUCCUUUCUCACUCCUUAUAUAAAAGACGAGGAAGCACUCCACACGAAUAUUUCUCAGCUACCAAAUUCCCAAAUAGAGGAAGAUCGUGAAGGUGACAUAACCUAUCCUACUGAUG